AGAUUGGAUAAAAGCUGCAGGUAUUAUGACUUUGUGUGACUGUUUAUUUGUAAUAAAAAUAAGUAUUGAACUGCAACUAUAACCAAUCAUUAAUAUUUAAUAACAAUUUCUAAUAUUGGUAAUAUCAACAACAAAAUUACCAAAUUGAAUACCGAUAUUUCUAUUUUAGUACUGAUAAGCCAAUUAAUACCCGUAUAUGGAUAUUGGUGCAUCGAUCACUAGUAAUAAACCUUCAAAGGCCAUAUUGCUUAUCCAUGUCAUUGUUUUUUAGAGCUCCCUCUUGACUUAUUAAAGACCUUGUCAAACAAGCUUAAAUUUCUUGUAAUUAAUAUACGUGAAUAUUUAUUAACUGAAGAUUCUAAGAAAAGAAAGUUUAUUCUUCAGGUACUUUGAUUGCAAUAUUUAUACGUUUUGUAUGAACCGCAAACCUAACCUCCAACUAUUAACUGCAGCUCAAAUACCUGAAAGAUAUAAGCAGAUCGACUUCAACGAUUCGAGCGAGGGGCCUAGCUAGCUUCAUAUACUAAGGGCUUGUUUACAUGGAGGUAGGCCGGGUAACCCUAUCAGGAUGGUUACACUAGCAAGUGGGUCGACCACCCUAGUCUAAUGUGUUUUAUAGGUUAUGCACUAGGGUUACCCUAGGGGUAAUGUAACUCGAGCAGCAUGGCUAUCUUUUUGUUUACAUAAGCCAUGUAAACAUGUUAGGUGGGGUUACUCUAGCAAGCGGGUCAUGUUUUGUACAUCCUACUGUGACUGCUAAACAAACAAGGAAGAUUAAACAUAUUAUCCUGGCAAAUAUUUUUAAACAACACUAGAAAAAUAAAACAGAUAAGCAAAUUUAUACACAUAAGGAAGCAGAGGGCAAGAAUGCUGAAAGAAACAGACUACAACAUUGAAAUGCAGCAAGCAAAGGCCCAAGAAAUGGCAUUGAAAAACUUUGCAUUUUCCAUUUUUUCAAUACAGACGGCUUUGCGACCAUGCAUAGGUAGGGUUAUCCUAUCGGGCAACAUAGCCCAAGCAGUAAGGUACCUUACCUCAUAAGGGACGGACCAUUAGAAAAGUGAUUUUAGGGCAAAACCAAAAAAAAAAUUUAUUCCCAGAAAAAAAUUAGGAAGAAAAAAAUCUUCCCAUGCAGGCAUAGUGCAAAAAAAAUUCCUAGCUUGGAAGAUAAGCCUAUAAAUUUCACUUAAAAAAAAAAUUUCCAGCCAUCAAGUGAGAAAAAAAUAUUUCUUCUAUAGGUGUACAAAAAAAAUAUUGCCUCUUAGAAAAUCCCCACCCCCCAUCACUUUUCUAAUGGUCCGUCCCUAACUAAACGCUUACUAUUUUCUGACCCACUUGCUAUCAGCUAGGGUAACCCUCCUGAUAGGGUCACUCUAUAUCUCCAUGUAAACAGGCCCUAACUUCCCAACGAUGAGCCUUCUGCUUAUUUCUUUCAGGUAGUUGUAUUAGUGCUGGUUAAUAUUUCACAGGGCCUAGCUAUGGCAUAUUAUCAGCGCACAACAACAUUUUAAACACUAAAUUCAGAAAGAUUCAAAAAUCCUGUUGUAUUUCAUGAAUUGGAAAGUUGAAUGGUAACGCCUUUGAAUAUUAUCAGCAUAACCGUUCAACUUGGAUGACAAUGCCUUUGAAUAUUACUCGCAUAACCAUUCAACUUGGAUGGUUAUGCCUUUGAAUAUUAUCUGUGUAACCAUUCAACUUCGAUGGUUAUGCCUUUGAAUAUUAUCAGCAUAACCGUUCAACUUGGAUGUCAAUGCCUUUGAAUAUUACUCGCAUAACCAUUCAACUUGGAUGGUUAUGCCUUUGCCAUGGUCCACUUUAAUUUAAACGAGUAAGCGCGGGGCCCCCAAAAGCGCGGGGCCCGUGGCAUAUUGGCCUUCUGCCAUAUGGUUAUUCCGGCACUGAGGCCGCGUUUACACUAUAACGCUACGGCUAAUACUCUGUUAGAAAUUUACUACGUUAACUUUCUAGUAGGCUAUAUUGUGUAAAACACUAUAAUGGAGUGAUUUGCCGUAGCGUACUUACUGAGGACCACUACAUUUGCCACUCUGAAUACAAAUCAAUUUCGUUUAAAAUUCACUACGUUUCUCAGUAUUGUGUACGAAUACACAUCCGGGACUUGAAUUUCCCCCCCAAUAGUCGCGUUCCUUUUUUUUACUGAAUUAAGAUUACAAUGCCUCCUCUAGUAUUAUUUAUAAUCUCUAUGGUAAACGCGGCCUGAGUUGUAUCUCUCUUAUACUGCAGCCGUUUAGUUGCAACUGUAGUGUAAGCAACCACUAAUAAGACUGUGUUUCUCAUAUUUUAGGCAAUUUAUGAAGAUCUUAGUGACAUAGCUCAACUAAAUGAUAAGAUACGGACUUCUCCGCUGAAGAGUAAUUCAGCAUUAGUGGCGCGCAUUAUUCACUGUCAUAAGUAAGUCAGUUUACUAUGUCUUAGACUUAACAAACUUCAUAUGACUGAGCGUAUAAUUUCGCAGAAAUAUCCUUGACUUAAUUUCUUUUUUCAUGUAAUUCACAAGCACAGUACUAUAUCUUAUUGUAGAAUACUACCUACACUGGACGGUUUGGACCACCACGUUUGAGAUAUCUUUUUUCAGGUAGUGCAGGCACAAACCACAGCAGCUUAUUGUAAAAUGCUAUCUACACUGGACCACCACGUUUGAGAUAUCUUUUUCAGGCAGCAACCUUGGUAGUUUGUUUUAGAAUACUAGCUGGAUCACGACGAUUGCAGUUUACUUGGUGGAAUUAAUAUUAGAAUGUUAGAAUGUUAUGAAUGUUAGAAUGUCAGAAUGAAUGUUAGAAUGAAUGUUAGAAUGUUAGUGUUGAAUAUUAGAAUGUUAGAAUGUUGGAAUGUUUUGUUAUGCUUGACCAUAUAUUACCUGUGGUUAUGGUUGAGACUACCCGAAAAUUAAAUUUAAAUGGAAGUGAGUUUUAACUAGCAUACAUUUUUCUUUUUUUAGUCUAAUGUGUUUGGCGUUUGAAAGACUACGUGUGAUUCGUGAAUAUAAUUCGCCCCGGUCUCUGCGUGCCUUCACGAAAGUAUUUAUCUUCCUAAUGCCGCUCCUGCUGUCUCCAUAUUACGUCUUCAGCGGUCGUCAAACUGAGAGUGCAUGGACUCCAUAUUAUAUCAGUGUAAUGGUUUCAUUUCUGUACGGGUCACUUCAAGCUGUGCAAGAUAAGCUGGAUGAUCCGUUUGAUGGAAUUGGCGAGGAUGAUGUGAAACUAGGACAGGUAGACAUUUUUAAUGUCCAGUUAAUGCCC